GAAUCAUCCAUUUUUCCCCCACUCUCAUUACUACCUACUCUUUUUCCCCCUCCCUCUCUCCGAACUGCACUUUUUUUUCUUCUUCUUCUUGCGGCCAGUUGCAUGCAUUGUUCGUCUCCCAAAAUGGUUUGCGAGACUAAAAUUGUUGCGGAUGAACACGAUGCUAUACAUGGGACCAAAAAAGAGUCGAUCCUGUGGAGCUCUCCUCCGUCCAGCGCGCCUCUGAACCCCGCCGAGGCUAAGGAUGUGAGGAAAGACGUGGUUUUUAUCCGCGAGUUUGAGCGCGGGGAUCAAGAGGAGGUACGCCGCAUCUUUUACGAGGGUAUUAUGGAGAGGAUACCCAACACAGCUUUUAGGGGGCUCUGGCAGCAGCCCAAGACCCAGUUUUUAUACGUUCUUCUGACAAUAAUGUGCUUUUACAUGACCAAAUCCCUCACGCUGACCUGCUGUGCACCCCUCAUUCUCAUGGGUGCGCGCUACUACUACAGCAGGAAAGUUAUCCAGAACUAUCUGGACUGUGCUCUGCACACGGACAUGGCUGACAUAGAUGCAUAUUACAUGAAACCCACAGGUUCCUGUUUCUGGGUGGCAGUGCUCGAUGGUCGUGUGGUGGGCAUUGUGGCGGCGCAGGGCCACGAGGACGAGAACACGGUCGAGCUGCGGCGGAUGUCGGUGGACUCUCGCUACCGCGGCAAAGGCAUCGCAAAGGCGCUGGGUCGUCGCGUCCUGGAGUACGCCGUGCGCAACAACUACGCCGGCGUGGUCCUCGGCACGACGGCCGUGAAGCUGGCCGCCCACAAGCUGUACGAGUCGCUGGGUUUCCGCAGAACGGGCCAGAGCGAAGACUACCGGCUACCCGGGAUGAGCCGCUCACCGCUGGAGAGGCUCUUCUUCCAGAUCCGCCAUACCCGCUAUCGCCUGCAGCUUCGUGAGGAGUGAGAGGUGACAGGGAGAGGGAGAGAGAGAGCUGGAGAUGGAGAAAGAGAGGGACAGAGAGAGAGAGAGCAACGACCCUCCUUCACCUGAGAGCCCUGACCACGUCCUCUCCUCUGACAGCUUUUAUUUAUUUUGUGUCAUUAGUGAUAACUUUGAGUAUGACUUAACACUUCUACU